CGUCAUCUUCAAAGACAACCAGCCGUCUCAGCUCUUCGACACAUAACACUCUGUACCACAUUAUAUCCUUCGAUCCACAUUGAAUCGUCUUUAAAUCAAGCAAGCGACCGCAUUUAGGCGAGAGAAAAUCCUCAAAUAUGGCCGGAGACCCAAGAGUAGCCCUUCAGAAGGCGGAAAAGACUCUUCAAAGUGCCGGAUCGGGGUUCAGCUUCUUUGGUGGCAAGGCAGAUAAGUACGAACAAGCGGCAGAUCAAUUCAUUCAAGCAGCAAAUGCAUUUCGAAUGCAGAAGAUGGGAAAGGAAGCUGGCUUGGCCUUUGAGCGUGCAGCAGCGAUACAAGGCCAACAGCUCAACGAACCGGACGACCAAGCGAAUACAUUAACAGAAGCCUUCAAGGCAUACAAGAAAGAUUCGCCGGAAGACGCUGCAAGAUGUCUCGACAAGGCUAUCGCCCACUACUGCAGCAAAGGUGCUUUCCGCCGCGCCGCUACCCACAAACAGAAUCUCGCCGAGCUUUAUGAGCUCGAACUCGGUGACGAAGGACGGGCAGCAGCCGCGUACGAAGAGGCUGCAAGCUGGUACGAAAGCGAUAACGCUGAAGCUCUAGCAAACAAGCUGUGGCUCAAGACAGCUGAUCUGGUCGCUCUGGAAGGCAAAGACUAUUACAAGGCCAUUGAACUUUAUGAACGUGUCGCCAAAUCCAGCAUCAACAGCAACCUUAUGCGCUGGUCCGUAAAAGAGUACCUCCUCAAAGCCGGCAUCUGCCAGCUCUGCACUGGCGAUAUGGUUGGCGUCAACGCCGCCCUCGAGAAAUACCGCGACCUCGAUCCCAGCUUCACCCAGCAACGCGAGCAUCAACUACUCGUUGAUCUCACCACUGCUGUCCAGGAAGGUGACCAAGAGAUGUAUGCGGAUAAAUUGUUUCAAUACGAUCAAUUGAGUAAACUAGAUAAGUGGAAGACGACGCUACUUUUGAGGAUUAAGAACACGAUUGAGGAGACGGGUGAGGAUUUCUCUUAGACGAGCCUGUUAGAAAGGUAUUAGGUGGCUCCAUGAAGAAGGGUUUAGGACAUGGUUGGGGACAUGAUAGUAUUAGUGCAUGGUGAAGUGAAGGAUAGUCAACAAUUGUAUGUUUUAGGCACAGAUGCAUCCAGUAGUUCGGACCACUGAGGUCAUGGAGUUGGGCUUUUGCAUGACAGUAACACAAAUCAUAUAUGAGAAAAUUUUCUUUUCUCCCACGUAGAUUAUCGC